AUGGCCAUAGCUUUAAAUACACUGAAUAUCCUGAGUGUGAAUGUUGAAAAUAAAAUCAAGAUAAAGGUCUAUAUUACUCAAGUCUGUGAGGAUGUCUUCUCUGGUCCCCUCACCUCCCCGGUGCAGCUCAUCAGAAUGAGAUUGUUAACAAACAUGACAGUUAGCAAUGAUCACAAGCACGUGCUUACCAGUUACAUUGCAGACCUUUUCCAAGUGUUGUUUACAGGAAAUGGAAGCACCAAGUUUCAAGUUUUGAAACUGUUUUUGAAUUUGUCUGAAAAUCCAGCCAUGAUAGAAGGACUACUUGGUGACCACGUGGAUUCAUCAUUCCUUGCCCUUUUUGAUGGCCAUGUGGCAAAAGAGAUUCUGCUUCGAGUUCUUAUUUCACUAUUUCAAAAUAUAAAUAACUGCCUCAAAAAGGAAGGCCAUUUAGCUAUUCAGACCACUUUCACUAAAGGUUCACUGUUUUUCCUGUUAUAUGGUAAAGACUGUGCCCAGAAAAUGAGAGCUUCAGUUAAUCACUAUGAUGUGGAAGUGAAGGAAAAGGUAACAAUAAUACCCAAAUUCUAA